AAGGUGAGGUAGAAUAUAGGAUUCAUGUAAUGGGGACUCAUGUAGCAUAUUGGAUUGGGAAAAAAAAUGUAACAUAUUUGCUUUCCAAUUUCAGAAAUUAAAUUUCCAUAUUCUCACGCGUAAUUACUCUCCACUUUCCCGCACGUGCUAGAAGAAGACCUGGCGGCUUCCCUCUCUUCUCAUCGCAGACUCUUCUUCGUCUUCUCCGCGGUCUCGUCUUUCAGACCAAGCAGCUUUUGGCUGGUUCGUUUCUCCACUCGUUUUUCCAAAACCAUCGAAUCCUGCAUUCAAGUUUCUCCCUUUCUCUGAUGAAUGGGAUGAUAGUGAUCCCGUUGACAUGGAAAUUUUGGAUUUUGAUUUGCUUCCACAGAUGAUGUCGUGACAAAUCCCGAAAAGAUGGCAGAUUGGUGUUUGACAUGGAUGGAUCUUGGUUUUUCUUCUGUUUUGUGAUAAACCCAGAUGGAAGGUUUAACAAUUCUGGAUGGCUAAUUGUGUGGUGAGGAUUUCUUUAAAGUUGGCUUCUUAAUUUUCUUAGGGUACUUUGAACUUUGAGAACAAGAGCUUUCCUUGGUUUUCGUUAAUUUAUUGGGUAUAUGGAGCACCUUCCCGUUGAAGUCAUAGGUAACAUUCUAUCCCGGCUAAAAGCUGCCCGAGAUGUUGUGAUUGCAUCUGCGACGUGCAAGAAAUGGAGAGAGGCUUGGCGGAAUCACCUCCACACUCUUUCUUUCAAUUCCAAUGAUUGGUCCGUCUAUCAUGAUCUGACAACAAGUAGAUUGGAAAUUCUUGUAACUCAAACAAUAUUCCAAACCAAAGCAUUGCAGUGUUUGUCAAUUUUUAUGGAUGAUGUUGAUGAAUUUUCAGCCGCCCCAGUGAUUGCUUGGCUCAUGUAUACCCGGGACACCUUGCGGCAACUACAUUAUAAUGUGAGGACUACUCCGAAUGUGAAUAUCAUUGAGAAAUGCGGUCGGCAGAAGCUUGAAGUCUUGGCAUUGGCUCAUAAUUCUGUAACAGGUGUUGAACCCAGUUAUCAGAAAUUUCCAUGCUUGAAGUCACUUUCGCUAAGUUAUGUCAGUAUCUCAGCAUUGGAUUUGAGCCUUUUGCUUACCGCAUGUCCAAAACUUCAGAAUUUGGCUCUUAUUAAUCCUGAUAUUGCCAUGUCAGAUGCACAGGCAACUAUGGAACUUAAUAGUCCUUCACUGAAAAAUAUCUACGUGGAAGCUGUCAGUUUGGAUAAGUUCAUACUAGAGGCCGAUAGCAUUGAGAAUCUGCACCUGAAAGAUUGUACCCUUGAGGUUUUUGAGCUUAUUGGUAAGGGGUCACUGAGUGUUUUGAAGAUCGAUGAUGUUAGCGUCCUCCAUCUUGAUAUUGGGGAUAACACAGAGAAUCUUCAGAUUGUGGAUGUUAGCAGCUUCACGAUCAUGUGGCCAAAGUUCUAUAACAUGAUCUCAAAAUCAUCAAAUUUAAAGAGGCUUCGGCUCUGGGGUGUUGUAUUUGAUGAUGAGGAUGAGGUGGUGGAUUUGGAGACUGUUUCUGUUUGCUUCCCUCAGUUAACCCACUUAUCAUUAAGUUAUGAUUUAAGAGAUGUUUGUGGCUUGCAGGGGUCAUCUUCUUUGGAGAACGUGGUUGUGUUAGAACUCGGAUGGACUAUAAUCAGCGAGCUCUUCUCCGACUGGGUAGCAGGACUUCUAGAAAGAUGCCCUAAUUUGAAGAAGUUGGUCAUUUAUGGGGUGGUCUCAGAAGCCAAAUCCCAUGAAGAGUGCCAAGUUUUAGCAAGCUUCACCUCGUCCAUUGUCCGGCUGAUGAGAAAAUAUCUGCAUGUAGAGGUUCAGUUUGAAUACGAAUAAAAGUCCUGCUGACUGCAUUGGUGUCUAUUCAAAUAUUGGUUGCACCUGAUUGUACAAUAAGGUACAUGGCAGAACUUCACAAGAACACAGAUUCUAUCAUCCUCAUAUUAAUCUGAAAAUGGAGACCCCUUAAUUUCGUACAAGAUUAUGCGUGCAGCGUGGUGAGAAAUUGUAAAUUUACAGAUUAAUUUUGAAAUCAAUUUGUCUGUUUAUCUC